GCCGGCGGCCCGUUAUGUGGGGGGCGGGCCGGGCGCGGGGCCGCUGGCGGGCGUCGCUCUGUCCGUCUGUCCGUCCGUCCGUCCGCCGGGGCGCGGGCCCGGCGGGGGUCUUGGCGGGCCUGGCGCCGGUGCUCCAGCCCUGGGGACGGGCCGGCGACACUGACCCUCCCCCAAGCCCCGGCUUCCUUUGGCCGCUGCCCCCUCGGCGAGGGAGUUGGGGCGCCGCCCCCGGGCGCCAGGUGGCUCCAGGCCGGGCCGGGUGGGGGGCGAGCGCCCCUUUUGUUGUGCCGCAUCGUGAGGGUGGUGUAGGCCCGACCCUGGAGGCCCGGGGACCGUCCCCAGAGGCCACAUGGCCCUGGCGAAAUGGCCCGGCUCGCGUGGGUGACCAUUUGUCGUCGAUUGUCACUCAAGGUGCAGCUCGGGCAUGCACUCGGGGUCACUGUAAAUCUUGUUUCUGGGCCAAGCCUGAAAACGAGUCCAGGCGCGGAGAGGGUUUCAUCAAAGUUUCCCGGGCAGAGUUGAUUAGAACGGCUGAGGUGAACUUUGAGUGCAGCAAAUUAAGGGAACGCCGGGUGCGUAUCUGGACAAGGAUUUUUCUCCCACAAGGAUUCAACCUUCAGCUUGAACAAACCGGUGACAUCUUGAAAGAUGCACAGCAGAUGGGGACCGUGUGUGCUAACUGGAAAGAACGCAUGUGCAGACGCAGUGCCACCCUGCUCACACACUCCCUUCCUGGUGGUGGCGUGCAAUGGAGAGUUCGUCCACAGACCUUCAUUCUCGCGUGGAAAAACUUCCAGGUCACUUCCUGUGGGAAGCUCACUGCCUGCCUGUCUCCACCCCAGGUCUGAGAUGUGCAUCUUCCCAAGUUUCCCCAGCUCCUCUCGUCACACUUGUCAGCUGGGUCGCUAUUUCCUUCAUCGGCUCUCUUCUCCCUAAAGGAUCAUGUGUCCUCUGCAGGCUGCGCCUGGCCCUGUCGCUAGGGGACUCCCAUACCUGGCAGACAGGAGUCACCAAGAACCGCCUGUCGAAUGAAUGCAGGUUGAAGCGUCAGUGGGAAUCCCUCUGCAGUUUGGUGGUGACUAAUAUCUUCCUAUUAAUAUGAAAACCUUUGAAUUUGGUAUUUUUCUUCCAAGUAGUUUAGACUGCCUUUGUCUAAAUUCAUGCAUGAAUUAUGUAGAGUGGGUUUCAUUGAAAAAUUCGAAAUCCUGACAACCUCAUCAGUUUUCAGAAUAGAUCAGGUGAUGAAAUUGUUCUGUCCUCAUAUUGAUAACUUCAUCAGAAUUGAUCAGCAAGAGGCCAGCCCCACCCAGAAACCACAGUGGUCCCCACGUGUCACACUGAACUCUGCCACCAAGGCCGGGUCUGCGUUAGUUGCUUUGGGUUUCUCUUGGCAUGAUAUGAAACUUUUAGUCCAGUGGAUGGCAUUGUGGGAAAUUGUGAGACCAGUGAAAUAAAAUUCCCUCCUAAUUCCUGCGAUCAGAGAUGUUUUGCACACCCUUAAGAAAAUAUAGGAAACCUAGGAAUUAAGUGCCACACAGAGACCCUGAGUCGGAAGACCUGGGUCUGAGGCCCAGUGUCACCAUUUUUUGGCUUGGCCACCUCAGACAAGCCACAUGGCCUCUCUGAGCCUCGGUGUUCCCACCCUAAAGUGGAGGUGAUAAUGCUUGCUUGUGAGGACUGGAGGAUGGGGUACAAACAGGAUGCUUAGGAUGGGGAGCUCCGCCGUUCAUCAGAGCAUCGAGAUCUCACAUGCACCCUCUAAAACCAAGUAGGGGAUAGUUCUGGCCACAGACCACAUGUGUACAGUGGCCACCUGCCUGUUGCCCACAUUAAAAGAGAUCUAGA